AUGGAAGUCAUAAAAAAGGGAAUGGAGAUGGAGAUGCAAAGCAAAGCAUUUGUAAUGUACCUGAGACUCAAAAAGAUGCCGCAAGGCGCUAUUAUAGAAGAUGAGAUGCAGGCAUAUUUUACAAAGAAAUUGCAUAGCGAAAUAGAAGAAGUGGUCACACUGCUUGGAAUCAUAGAGAUACUCAGAAUAAGUGCGCCGAAGUGUUUUCUAAGCAAAGAUGAAAUAAACAGAUUCUUCAGCCUGCUGAUAAAGGCUCUUCCUAGUGAAAAGAUAAAUUUAGAGAAUUUUAUUGAAUACAGAAUGUCGAGUCUACUGGCGGACAAAGGGAUGAUUAUGAAACUUGUUAGACUGAUAGGAUGUGUUUCUGGGGCGGCGAAGCAGUACUUGAAGGAGAUGAUUGCUGUGUUAAUAGAGGAAAGGCCUGAGCACGUAGUAAAGGAAAUGAUCAAAAUACUACUUGUGCAUAUUCCGAAAGAUACAGAGAUAAAUAGUGUAAUUGAAGCGACUAAAGAAAUAUCAAUGCCUAUUGUUGAAGUAUUGAUGGAGGGAUUUGAUGAUAAGAGAUAUGUUGAUGUAUACUCGAACCUUUCAUUAAGUAGAAGCCUGUGCAUACGAAAUAUAAGAGGAUGCAACAAAGUUAAAUACUUGAAGUCAGCAGUAUGUGCACAGAAUUUUGAAAAGCUGUUCAGUAUUUAUGGCGCUGACAGAAACAAAGAAGUAAUUAUGUUGCUUGCCGAGAACUGCAGCAGCAAUAACAGAGAUGCAUUCAAUAGAAUGAUAAGUAGUACUGAUGAAAAUAUAAGAAUCAAAUUAUUGGAAAGGAUAAAGUUUGAUGAUAUUGUUUUGAAUGGGUUGGAUGUGUAUGAACGAGCUCUUGAUUUGAGUGAUUGUGUUAGGAACCGAGUGUUUGAGAUAUUCGGUGAAGGUGUUUCCAAGUACAAGGAGUGUUUGAUGAGUUCUAUUUGUGGUUGCAAGCGGAAGCCUGAGUGGGAAGAGAUUGACGGAGGCUCAAGAUGCCUAUUGAGAUUUGUGGAGUUUAUACUGAAAGGAAUGUUUACAAGAAGAAAGCAGGAGUAUGUUGAUGUAAUGAUCAGAGCAGAAUUGCCAUGGAAGUUUUAUUUCCAGCUGUGUGCUUUCAAGGGAUUGUAUGAAUUUCUUGAAUUAACAAGCGGAAAGCUCAAGACCAGUGUUGAUGAGUUUCCAAUGAAUACAGAAGAAAGAAGGUUUUACAUCAAGUAUUUCUUUUGUGGAUCAGUGCCUGAAUGUGAGAUCAUAAGGCUAAUAGAGGAGGAUUGCCUGUCUGCAUUAGAAUACUUGAAGGGCAAAAACAUACAUGAAUAUGCAGAUACUUUGAUAUCAAAGGUAAUUACAUAUAGAAACAGGAACAACGAUGUAGUUGCAAUGAUAGAAGAUUUAAAACCAUUUCUUUAUGAGAAGCAGUGGCCUUCAGCACCAAAGUCGGAUGCAGAGCUUCUGGUGUAUGCACACUCAACACAUUCUACUCAGUACAUUAGCGAUGUUCUGCAGCAAGAGCUUUCCUUUGCGAUGUUGUACUUCCUGUCUUGCAUGAAGUUACCUAUUGAUGUUCUUGGGCCACUGGUAUUAAGAUAUAAAGGUAGUUGUGAGGAACAUGUGGAAAUACAAUUAGCAUAUGGCGACAGAAGGAUGUUAAAAGGGCACAUGGGAUACUUCAUGAAUGCAAGGCUAAAUGAGAAUCUGAAAAGAAGGUUGUUGAGCAGCAGAAGCUUUGUUGGGUCUAUGAUAUAUUUUGCAAAUACAGGGCAAGUUGCAAUAACGAACAUUGAGUUUUUUGUCUGGUCUGUUUAUUUUAUUUGCAUAGAUGGCAAUAAUUUAUCAAAAGUUAAGGAAGUAUAUGAAACUUAUGCUAUGAAAGUAGAUAGGGAAACAUUCAAUAAAUUCUACACCAUAUGCUCAAAGCUAAAGAGCAUGUCACCGCGGUGUAUUGAGAAUGGGUAUACGAUAAAUGAAGCGUCUGCAAGUAAUAGUCAGAAAUUGUUACAAUUCAUAUGUAAUGCAAUAAUGUCUAUUAGAGAAGGUGAAAUUGUUGAUGUAAAUGCUGAUUUGCAUAUGUUCUGUGAAUAUCCGGGAUUUGCAUAG